GGGGGGGGCCGGGAGCCGAUGAGGAACCCGGAUCGUGCCCCACAAUGGGGCUGUGGCCAGGAAAUUCCAGGGGGGGGGACCCGGGGGGGCCCCGUCAGCUCCGGGCGGAUCCCACAAUCCCAGGAAAUCCCAGAUGGAACCAAACACGGGGCUGGGGGGGGGGGGAAGCACCGGAUCCCAUCGGGAUGAGCCCCACGUCGGGACCCCCCCCCCCAGUCCCUUGGGAUCCCCCGGGAUCCCCGGGAAUCGCUGCUCGUGAAGCCCCUUCCCAGCCCCGUUAUCCCUGGGUUCGGUUCCCUUUGGACGGCUCCGCCUCCAAUGGGUAAUUUAUGCUAAUUUAGCCUAAUUUAUGCUAAUUUAGCCCAAUUUAUGCCCCCCCCCAUCCCGCGGCCCCAUCCCUUUCCUCCGGCCGCUUCCCGGUUCCCGCUCAGAGCUUGGGAACGCCGCGACGGGCUUUGCCCUUCCUUAAUAUCCCACCAAAACAAGCGGGGAAAAGAGGCGGAAAACCCCCAAAUCCCGCUUUUUUGAGGGCUAAAACCCCCGUUUUCCAGGCAAGGGGAAAAGCGGGAUCGUGGGAAAAGCUGCUUCGGAUCCACUUUUCCAACUGGAUUUUGGGGGGGGGGUCCCCCCUUGGCGCGGGGUUGGGGGCACCCCAUGGCCAACGCUUCCCGUUGAGCGGCGUCAACCCAACGUUUGUCUGUGGAUUAUUCCUUAAGGAUUCCCGUAUCCCGUAAGGAUUCCUCUAUCCCCCUUACGGAUUCCUAUAGCCCCGUAAGGAAUCCCCAUUCCCAAGCACCGGAAUGUUCAGCUGGAUGAGGAAACACGCCAAGAAGAGCCCGGAGGCGGUGGGGACCGUCACGGCCGGCCUCAAGAAGCUCUACAAGAAGAAGCUUCUCCCAAUGGAAGAGUCCUGCCGCUUCCAUGAUUUCCACUCGCCGGCGCUGGAAGAGGCGGAUUUCGACACCAAGCCCAUGGUGCUGGUGAUGGGGCAAUAUUCCACCGGGAAAACCACCUUCAUCCGCUACCUGCUGGAGCAGGACAUCCCGGGAAGCCGCAUCGGCCCCGAGCCCACCACCGAUUCCUUCGUGGCCAUCAUGCACGGGGACACGGAGGGAAUCACGCCCGGCAACGCCCUCGUCGUGGAUCCCAACAAACCCUUCCGGAAGCUCAAUCCAUUCGGGAAUGCUUUCCUUAACCGGUUCCAGUGCGCCCACCUCCCCAACCAGGUCCUGGAGAGCAUCAGCAUCAUCGACACCCCGGGCAUCCUCUCGGGGGCCAAGCAGCGCGUCUGCCGCGGCUAUGACUUCCCGGCCGUGCUGCAGUGGUUCGCGGAGCGCGUGGACCUCAUCAUCCUGCUCUUCGACGCCCACAAGCUGGAGAUCUCGGAUGAGUUCUCCGAGGCCAUCCGGGCCCUCAAAGGCAACGAGGACAAGAUCCGGGUGGUCCUCAACAAGGCCGACAUGGUGGAGACGCAGCAGCUCAUGCGGGUCUAUGGGGCCUUGAUGUGGUCCUUAGGGAAGGUCUUCAACACCCCCGAGGUGCUCAGGGUCUUCAUUGGGUCCUUCUGGUCGGAGCCGCUGCUCAUCGCCGACAACCGGCAGCUCUUUGAGCUGGAGGAGCAGGAUCUGUUCCAGGAGAUCCAGAACCUGCCCCGGAACGCCACGCUCCGCAAGCUCAACGACCUGGUCAAGAGAGCGCGGCUGGUGCGGGUCCACGCUCACAUCCUGGCCCGGCUGCGGAAGGAAAUGCCGUCGGUGUUCGGGAAGGAGGCCAAGAAGAAGCAGCUCAUUUCCCAGCUCCCGCUGCUCUUCGCCCGCAUCCAGCUGGAACAUCACAUCCCGGCGGGAGACUUCCCCGACUGCGCCCGCAUGCAGGAGCUGCUGCUGGUGCACGACUUCUCCCGCUUCCCGGCGCUGAAGCCGCGGGUGCUGGAGGCUCUGGACGAGCUCCUCACCUCCGACAUCGCGGCGCUGAUGCCGCUGCUGCGCCGGGAGGAGCUGGAAGCGCCGGAGGGAGGUGGCGGGGUGCAGGGGGGCGCGUUCGACGGCACCCGCCAGGGUCCGUUCAGCGGCGCGGAAGAGGAGGAAGAGGAAGGGGGAGAGGAAGAGGAGUGGGCGGUGAUGAAGGACAAGGCGAAGUACGACGAGAUCUUCUACGGGCUGGCGCCGCUCGGGGGGAAGCUGAGCGGGCGCCGCGCCAAGGGCUGGAUGGUCUCCAGCAACCUGCCCAGCUCCGUGCUCGGCCGCAUCUGGAAGCUCAGCGACGUGGACCGCGACGGGAUGUUGGAUGCGGAGGAGUUCGCCCUCGCCGGGCACCUCAUCGGGGCCAAGCUGGAGGGCAGGGGGCUGCCGGCGGACCUGCCCCCCCGCCUCGUGCCGCCCUCCAAGCGCAGGCACAAGGGCUCCGCGGAGUGACGGGGACCGGGAUGGGGGGGUAGUGCGGGAAGCGGCGCGGGGGGAGCGCGGAACAGCCCCCGAAACAGCGCGGAAAUAGCCCCAAAACAGCGCGGAAUAGCCCCCGAAACAGCGCGGAAAUAGCCCCAAAACAGCGCGGAAUAGCCCCUGAAACAGCGCGGAAAUAGCACUAAAAGAGCGCAAAACAGCCCCAAAAGCAGCGCGGAAAUAGCCCCCGAAACAGCGCGGAAAUAGCCCCCAAAAGCAGCGCGGAAAUAGCCCCGAAAGCAGCGCAGAAAUAGCACUAAAAGAGCGCAAACCAGCCCCAAAAGCAGCGCGGAAAUAGCGCCCAAAACAGCGCAGAAAUAGCCCCAAAAGCAGCGCGGAAUAGCCCCAAAAGCAGCGCGGAAAUAGCCCCCGAAACAGCGCGGAAAUAGCACUAAGAGAGCACAAAACAGCCCCAAAAGCAGCGCGGAAUAGCCCCAAAACAGCGCGGAAAUAGCCCCAAAAGCAGUGCGAAAAUAGCGCCACAAACAGUGCGAAAAUAGCCCCAAAAGCAACGCGGAAUAGCCCCAAAACAGCGCGGAAAUAGUCCCAAAACAGCGCCGAAAUAGCCCCAAAAGAGUGCAGAAUAGCCCCCGAAACAGCACAGAAAUAGCCCCCAACGCAGUGCGAAAAUAGCACCACAAAGAGUGCGAAAAUAGCACUAAAUCAGCGCAAAAUAGCCCCCAAAACAGCGCAGAAAUAGCCCCAAACCAGUGUGGAAAUAGCCCCAAGAGCAGUGCGAGAACAGCACUAAAACAGCGCAAAAUAGCCCUGAAAUAGCGCAAGAUAGCCCCCAAAGCAGCACGAAAGUAGCACUAAAAUAGCGCAAACCAGCCCCCAAACUAGUCCCAAAAUAGCACGAAAUAGGCAAAAAAUAACCCCAAAAGCAGCGCUAAAACAGCCCUAAAAAUAGCCCCUAAAUGCCCCAAAUUAGACAAAAAAUAGCCCCAAAAUAGCCCGAAACCAGCCCUAAACACCCCCCAAAAAUAGCCCCCCAAAUAUUCCCAAGCCCAGCCCUAAAAACACCCCAAACCCACCCAAAACACCCCAAACUACCCUCAAAUUCACCCCAAAAUACCCCCCCCCCCCCCAACUGCAAUAAAGGAGGAUGAUGAUGCUGGAGA